AUGCAGGCCGCGCCGCCCCCGGACGAGGAGGAGGAGGAGGGCGCCGAGGAGGAGGGCGAGGAGGAGAGCGAGGAGGAGGAGGGCGGCGGCGGCGGGGGCGGGGGCGGCGAGGGCGCCUUCGCCAAGAGCGCCUUCCAGCUGACGGCCGAGGACGUGUACGACAUCUCGUACCUGCUGGGCCGCGAGCUGCACGCGCUGGGCCGCGAGCCGCGCGCGGGGCUGGCGGCGCGGGUGGCGCGGCUGCAGUUCCGCGUGGUCAGCGUCCUGGAGAUGCUGGAGGCGCUGGUCAGCGAGCACUGCGUGGCCGCGGAGGCCCUGCGGCUGGAGCGCGACAGCCUGCGGCGCGAGGUGGACGGGCUCCGCGCGCAGGGCGGCCGCGCCGGCUCGGCCGAGGUAAACCUGGGUCCCAACCAGAUGAUCAUAGACCUCACAGAUGCGAACCGACCCCGUUUCACGCUGCAGGAGCUGAAGGAGGUUCUUCAAGAGCGCAACCAGCUGAAGGCCCAGUUGCUAGUCACGCAGGAAGAGCUGCAGUGCUAUAAGAGUGGCUUAAUAUCACAGAAGCAGGACUGGGUCAAGCCAACUCUGAAGGAACCGGGCAGGAGCACCACUUCCCAUUGCAGUAAAGGAAGCGGGGAGAAAACCAUCAUCAAGAAACUGUUCAAUUUUAAAAGGUCAUGAUGGGGAAGUCUUGCUGCACUUUGAGGACUCAGGCCCCACAGGAAGCAAGAAAGAACCCCCAAUACCGGAAACUACAGUAUUGGAAGAUCUCAGCGGUUGUUCUCUGCAGCCAAGGGAUGUUUCACAAUUCAUGUUUUUAUGUAAAGUUAGCAUCCUAUCUUGAGGAGAUUCCCUGGUUGAUGUUCAAGGGUAAUAACCUCACUUACUUUUGUUACAAGCAUCAACUUUUUACCAGAAGUGCAUUUAUGUAUAUGUCUGCAAAGAAUAGAAUCAAUUCAUACA